AUGAACGCUCAGCAGGAUGAGAAGCACGCUGCUGAUCUGGAGCGCGCUGCUGAUCUGAAGCGCCUCAAUGAGAUUGGCACUUUGUACGUGUGCAAUCGCGCUGACGGAAGCAUCGUGCCGCUGAUUGCGGUCGAUGACCUUCCAAAGAAUGUCAAGGUUGUUGGAUUGCCUCGUGAGCUCGAUCAGCGCGAGGCUGCUGAGAUGAGAGAUGUUGGUUUUUCCUGUCCCCGCCCCCAAGCCUGGGAAUUUGAGUACGAGGACAACGGGCGUAUGAUGUCCGUACUGCAGUGGGUUGCUCGUCAGCAGAAGGCGCCCCUGCAAAUCCGCAAGGCCGCUCGUGAGAUUCUGGCAGCUGGAGAUGCCAAAGUUCCAAACAGCUGCAAAGGCUUCAAGCCGAAGAAGACUCACUGCGACCAUUGGUUGAAGCGCGGUGAAUGCAGUUUCGUGCAGCAAGGGUGCGAAUACAAGCACGAAAUGCCGAUGGACGUGCAGGGGCUGGCGGCCUUCGGCCUUCGCGACAUCCCGAAGUGGUACCGGGACAAGUAUGGCGUCUCCAGCCUACUUCACCCACGGGGUCGCAAGACUAACUCUGGUGAGCGCAGUCAAGAGCGCCGCCAGUCCAACAGCAACGUCGCCAUCCCUUCCGCCGCCCCUUCUGCUGCACCCGCUGCUGCCUCCGCUCCUGUUUCCGCUCCCGUCUCCGCCCCCGCCUCCGCCCCGGUCGCCAAGGCCACCACCCCGGCCCCGACCACCGCUUCUUCCGAGGACGUCAACCCCUCGGAGGGCUCCCCAAGCUCUGCCGGAACUGGCCCAUCCGGCACCACUGAGGCCAGUCGAUGCCGCGCCCCUGGCCAGGGCAACGACAACGCCAAUGCCACUGAGAGUGGCAGCCCUGUUGAACAGGGCUUCAUUGACAUCUGGGGCCGUCGUUGUUACGGAAGUAACAACUACUGGAACAACGGCCAGUACCGCACCUCGGGUGCGCCUCACGUUCAGCGAGUUUCGGACCAGGUUGGUCCAACACUCGCUGAGCGCGAGUACUUCCGCCGAGAGACGGCUACCAGUCUCUCGACCUGGAAGCUGCUGGCCGGGUCUGAGCCCAUCGAUCCCGAUGAGCACCUCACUUAUUGGGGUGCCAUUGGCGAGCCUGUCGUCCGCAUGGCCAACUAG